UAUAAAAUCCAUUACAAUGCAAACAUAGCAAUUACAAAACCACAAUAUCACCAUUUUCUUUGUGAAAAAAAUUUCCGUCAAAACAAACAGAUCCUAUAAUUUAUAAAAAUGCGUACACUAGUACACUUAGUGUUAUCUCUUGUUAUAGUCCUCAUGUUAUAUCCAAUUCUGGGGUCGGGAUCCAUUCUCCCAUGGAUAGACCGACCCCCUAGUCUAUUAUCCGAAUUAUGGCCGGAAAGGGUACCAGACCCUUUCCGGAUCCUCGAGGAAAUCCCCUUCUCGACCCUCGAUAGGGACUUAGAUCCUAUCAUGUCGACCCCUGCGAGGGUCGACUGGAAGGAAACCCCGGAAGGCCAUGUUAUAAGCAUGGACGUUCCGGGGUUAAGUAAAGAAGAGGUGAAGAUAGAGGUGGAGGAGAAUCGGGUGUUGCGAGUGAGCGGAGAAAGGAAGAGGGAGGAAGAGAAGAAAGGCGAUCAUUGGCAUCGUACUGAACGGCGGUACGGUAAGUUUUGGCGAAAGUUCCGGUUGCCGGAAAAUGUUGACGUGGAAAGUGUAAAGGCUAAGCUUGAGAAUGGUGUGUUGAGUAUAAAUUUGGCCAAGUUGUCGCCUGAGAAAGUUAAAGGUCCUAGGACGGUUAGUGUUGAAGGCGGCGACGGUGGCGGUGACGGUGACGGCAGCAGUGUGACGGCUGAAGUUGGUUCUCAUGAAAAGAAGAAAGAGGAGCUGAAAUAAUGUGUUAUGAAAUAUGAGAGUAUUAAUGCAUGUUGUUUGUAUGAACUAAUGUUUACAAAAUUUAGAACUUUGUAAUGGGUUGCCUAUGUAAUUCUAUGUGUUUAUCAAUAAUAAAAAUGUUUUAUGGUUUGUGAAUUAAUAUAA